AUUAAAUUUUAUCAUUUUAAUAUACAUAAUAAUUAUGCUUUAAAUGAAAAUACCAAGUCUCGCUACAGUGCCGAAGCUAGACACAAGUCAUGUUUUCUUCGUCCUGAUACAGGACCAUGCAGAGCAGACAUUAUUCAAUGGUAUUAUGAUGUGCGGCAAUCUAAAUGUUAUCGUUUUUUUUGGGGUGGUUGCCAAGGUAAUGGAAAUAAAUUUGAGACCAAAGAAGAUUGUGAAAAAUAUUGCUACUUGAAUAGAACUUUUAGUCAUUCUCAAGUCCCACAUUUUUGUUCACUUGCAUUUGAUUAUGGAAAUUGUUUUGGAUAUUUUAAUCGUUGGACUUGGGAUCCAUUGACAAAAUCCUGUAGAAGACGUUUGUAUUCUGGAUGCGGAGGGAACCAAAACAAUUUUCAAACUCGACUAGAAUGCAUAUCAACUUGUUUAAAUCCUCCAAACAAUACACUAGAAAGAAGUCAUUUAUUUACAACUUGUAUCCCAUUAGUUGUCAAUGAUAUUCAAUAAACAUUAUUUUUGUAGAAAAAAUUAUACAAACACUUUGUAUUUAAAAUUUUAUUGUGUAUUUAUUUUGUGUGACAUAAUGUUUAUUGCACGUGCUGAUUUUUGAAGGUUAUAAAAAUAUCUUAUUGAAGUGCUAAUUUUCUGAUCCCGUGAACGAUUUCAACAUUAUGAAAUAAGAGAAUGAUGUUUUUACUACCUGUAGAAAUAAAUGCAUACAUUGAAGUGUA